AACCCUGUACUAGACAUUCGCGCGCACCCGCUCGUAAUAUCGCGAACACAAAGUCAUUGGCUUGCACCAGUGGCUGCGGCCAAGUCAUAUAACCCACAGGGAGUGCUCUCAAACAUGGCACCCAUAAAACUAGCUAUCAUAGGCGGCGGGCCAUCUGCCUUCUAUGUAGCUUCUCGGCUACUCACAUUGUUGCCACACGCGAGCCCACAAGGAUCCAUGCUCAAGAUCCACAUGUAUGAUCGCCUAUGGGCGCCUCAUGGGCUGGUACGGUAUGGGGUUGCUCCAGACCAUCCAGAAGUGAAGAACUGUACCCAUAAGUUCGACGACGCUGCUGAGGACCCUCGAUUGCGAUUCUUUGGCAACGUCAACAUCGACACGCCUUCGCAGAACCCCGAUGCAGUGACACUCCCGUUGACCUCGCUUUUGCAACACUACACGCACUUGUUGUUCUCUACAGGAUGCACAGUGCCCGUCUUGCACUCCGCGUUGCCACCAUCAUCCUACUGCGUACCAGCACUUUCACUUGUUCACUGGUACACGCAGCACCCCUCGCGGCCCCCAACACCGCCUCUGGAAAACAUCUCGCACGUCACGCUCAUCGGGCAAGGCAACGUCUCUCUCGACAUCGCGCGCAUGCUCCUCACACCACCCUCCGAGCUGGCAAAGUACGACGUCCCGGCGCCCGUCCUCGACGUCCUCUCGCGGUCCGCAGUCGAGCACGUCUCCAUCGUCGGGCGGCGCGGUCUCUUCCAGGCAGCCUUCACCACCAAAGAGCUGCGCGAGAUGAUGAAUCUCACCGACGCGUCCAUGGCCCCGCUCGACCCCGCCGUGCUGCAGCCCAACGACGGCGCGGCGCUCACCCGCCAGCAGUCGCGCGUCCUCCAGCUCCUCCAAAAAGGCUCAAAGAACACGCCCGGGUCCACGCGCAAGACAUGGUCGCUCGACUUCUUCCGCUCGCCCACGGGGCUCACCCUCCCCGACGACCCUGCCUCCCCACCCGGUAGCAACACCCGCCCGCCCGCGCACCUCACCCUCGCGCACACGAUGCUCGACCCCUCCUCCCUCGCGGUGCCAACAGGCGCGACAUCCACCCUCCCGACCUCGCUCGUCGUCACCUCGCUCGGGCACCGCGCGGAGCCGAGCGCGCCGUGGUACGACCCCGCGCUCGGCCACCUGCGCACGCUCGGCGGGCGCGUGCUCGACGCGGGCGGGCGCACGGUCCGGCGCGUGUACGCGAGCGGGUGGGCCGCGACGGGCGCGCGCGGCGUGCUCGCGAGCACGAUGAUGGACGCGUACGCCGUCGCGGACACCAUCCUCCGCGAGGCGUUCCCUGGCGAGGACGUCCAGACCGUGCCUGUCGGCGACGUCGACGUCGGCGCCGGCGCGCGCAUGGAGGGGGCGGGUGUGCAGGCGGAGUUUGCGGAGGACGUGGUGCCGGCGAGAGUCGAGGGGGAGGGUCCCCCGCCGGAGGUGGAGAAGGCAUGGCGCGAGGGGAGGGUGACGGACUAUGCGGAUUGGAGGAGUAUCGAUUCAGAGGAGCUGAGGCGGGGGCGCGAAAAGGGUAAGGAGCGGGAACGGAUGACUUGGGAGGAGGCCCGGGAAUUCUUGGUCCCUCGAUGAUUGUGCUUGUCCUGCCUGAGGGUGGUACAAGGCUCUACUCCACUCGUGCAAAGCUCUAACAGUCUUUAUGCUGCAUGUCAG